AUGUUCAAAUCGCAGCCGACCCAUACGCCCGGCGAAGGGGGCAUCGCUCGCUUCCGAGACCAGCAUAAACGGCUGGGCCGGGCGUUGCUGGGCACGGUGCUGACAGUCCAAAGCCCCAUCGUCGCCAUGCUCGCAGCGCAGGCGUUUGACUUUGUCAUGAUCGACAUGGAGCACGCGCCCAUGUCGGCGGAGCAGAUGACUUACAUGGUGCACAGCGUGGUGGCCGCGUCCAAGGGCAACUGCUUGGCCAUUGUGCGCGUGCCGUCCCACGACGUCGAAUGGGUCAAGUGGGCACUGGACAGCGGCGCGGCGGGCAUCAUCAUCCCGAUGGUCAACAACGCGGCCGAGAUGGAGCGCAUCAUCUCGCACGCCAUCUACCCGCCGCGGGGCAAACGGAGCUUCGGUCCCUUCAACGCCCCCUUUGGCCGACAGCUCCACGGCACGCAGUUCGGCACCUACUACGACAUGGCGCAGGAUGACGGGGUCGCCAUCCUCCCCAUUAUCGAGUCCGCCGAGGGCAUUCAGAACGCCGACGCCAUCCUGGCCGUGCCCGGCGUGUCCGGCACCUUCAUCGGCCCGUACGACCUGCGUCUGUCCCUCGGACUGCCGGGCGGCGUGGACGGGCCCGAGCCCGAGUUCACGCAGGCCCUGUCGGGAGUGCUCGCCGCGGCCCAGAAGCACGGCAAGGUCGUCGGCUCCAUGGCGACGACUCCAGAGAUGAUAGCGACCCGCGCGGGCUUGGGCAUGACUUUCCUCCUGGCCACGCUGGACUAUAGCGUGUUGGUCGCGGGGUUCACCGAGGCGGCGGAACAGGGCAAGGAGGCGUUGAAGAAGGUCGGGCAAGCCUCAGCCGGUCAGUGA